AUGUCGACGGAUACCCAAUAUAUCGUCGAAGAUCGUCGUCCUGAUAAUGGCGGACAAUCAUUUAUUAAAAAUAUCAACACAGACAUUGAUAUUGACAAUCGUUGGGUGGUGCCAUAUUCGUCUCUGCUUAGCAAGUCAUAUAAUGCUCAUGUUAAUGUUGAGUUCUGCAGUUCUGUGAAGAGCAUCAAAUACAUUUGCAAGUAUGUCCAUAAAGGCAGUGAUAUGGCUGUGUUUAGAGUGGAAAAUACUAAUGUGAAUGCUCCUCCAGUGAAUAAAAACGAUGAAAUAACGCUCUACCAAAUUGGUCGGUACAUCAGCUCCAAUGAAGCUGCUUGGCGUAUCUUUGGUUUUCCAAUUCAUGAACGGGAUCCAGCAGUUGUUCAAUUGGCAUUUGCAAUGACUAUCAACCAAUCUCAAGGUCAAACGAUGUCUAUUUGUGGCUUAGAUUUGAGAACACCAUAUUUUUCACACGGACAAUUAUACGUGGCAUGCUCUCGAGUGGGUAAACCAUCCAGUUUGUUUGUGUUAGCUGAAGAUGGACUAACAAUAAAUAUUGUUCAUGCUACAGCAUUAAGAGAUUGA